GUCAUGAGGCCGAGCUGAUCUGAGUCACACGUUAAGAGAGAGAGACAGAGAGAGAGACGGAAGUCAGAAAGAAACUCUGCUGAGACACAGCUGAGUGUCAAAGUAACAUGCGCCACAAUCUCUUUGCGCAGACAAUAGACUAAUAGGUUCAGAAUAUUGUUGCUUUCAAGGGAUCUAAUAAAUAUCUGGCCAACAAGGGAAUAUUAUCACAGUUUUGCUGACAUGAUGGUCUCAUAUCUAAAAUGCAGGACGUGGUUACCUCUGAGAUGAUGGAGGACAAGAACAGAGUUUGUCAUGUGAUGGAGGAGAGUGAAAUAGAUGUGCAGAUAAGACAAACCAAAGCUCAGCCACAGCAGGCCAGCAACAGACCCACUUGGUCAAAUGGUCAGUGUGUUGUGGCGAUGCCAAGCUGUUCGAUGCUAAACCCAAGCUUUGAUCUGUCUCUGUGUCGUGCCAAACUCGAGAAUGAGGGCUUUCAGAUUCCAGUCAGAGACAUGGAGGCUCCAUUGAAGACAGCUUUGGACCUUCCCUCAGUCAGGAGAUACAUGGUUUUUAAUUCAGCUCUCUUCCAUUUUUUAAUGGCACCGGUGCUGUAUGUGGUGGUUUGGUGCGGCACGUUUUCCACCCUCCAUCUCUUUAUCACUGUCAGUGACUACUGGGUUCUCUGCCUCUCUGUCAGCCUGGUCUCCAUCUUCCUCACCACUGCCAUCAUUUUCAUUUUUAACUACACUAAGAAGGAGAUCAACAUGAACUUAGAUGUUCGGUUAAUCCAGGUGAAUGAGAGGAUGGUGAAACACAAGCUGCUGGUGGGCGUGGCCGACUGGGUGCAGUCCUGCACUGGAAAUAUGAAGCUGUACUUUGUAUAUUGGGACAUGUCCCACUGUCUGAGGACACUGACUGAAACUUUAGAGGAGUGCAGCUUUGUGGUGAAUGACACCCAGACAAAGCUGAAGCGGAAAAUGUCGCAUCUCGUUCUUGUGACUGAGGACACGGCUGUUGUCCCUGAGGUCGAAGGUUCAGAUGUGGAGCAGCAGGACUCAAAUGAACAGAGGCCUCUGCUGAGACAUGAGGACACCGGCUGCUGUACCUCAUCCAGCCGACAGGAGGGCAUCAAAGUCACCAAUAACUACAGCCUCAUCCCCGAUGCAUCGUUACCUGCUCAGGCUACAGCCUACCAGCUUCUGAUGACCUACAGCGCAGCUUAUGUGAAGCUGCUGGUGUCCAAGAGGCUGUCAGGACCGUCAGACCACCGCCUACACCCCCAGAGGAAUCACUGCACGAGAGCCCCUCUUUGCAUCUGCCAGUACAUCAAAAAGAAGAUCCUUCAAUAACAUAAUAAGUGACAUGCAGGAGCACUUACAUUGCUGAAAACAUGGAUUACAUUGUUUAGAUCAAACGAAGGACUUUUUCAGAGCUUCACACUCUUAAUUUCUCUGUUUUUAAGUCCCCAGUUUGCAGCCUCCUGUACCUCAGCUACUGUCUUUAUGCCCCCCCACACCCCCCCGUUUGGCACCAACAAUUUCUGCCCUAUGCAAAACGCUGUCUAUCCAGCUGCUGUAAACCAGCAUCUGCACUUGUGCACACAUGACAAUUCCAGCCUUAGCCCCGCUGUUUUAUUUACUUGCACAAAUAGAGAUAUAGAUUCUUGUGAUUUGA